GGAUGUUAUCCGACGUUUUAUACACUAAGAAUAGGCACCUUGUGGGUAUUGCAGAAGGCUUAUCUUCUGCCAAUCACGCAUGAUGUCCAAUAACUCUAGUAUCGGUAAGUUUGUCUAGGGUUGAAUUGAAGUUGGAGACAAGAUACCUCGCUAGGUACACUUUUUUGAUGAGAGCGCGUGGCCGAUCGAUACAUGUAUGCGCUUCCGAUUUACCUACCUUACAUAUUCCCCUCAGCCUUACCGUAAGGACGCAUUCUACUCCUCUUAUACAUUAGAUUAGGUACUUAUUACGACGUAUUACCUUACCUGAGGUACCUAUUCUGCAUUGCAUACCUCCUAAGCACGACUCCGAAAGGCUUACGCUUUCGAUUCUGGCCGGCGUCGAACUCCACCAACAUUCCUUACCUCGAACGUUGCGUUACCUACUUCAUAUUACCUAACCUAAAGGCAGGUGUUCACACUGCUUAUAAACCCUAUAUGGUUGAUUUAUAGUCGUAUUUAUAUCUCUCCCCAUCGCAGGCUUGCUCAAUCUUGAAUCGAUCACUGUUGUAUGCCGAGAACAACUCAUCCUUCCCUGCUUGUAUCUUUUGCAUUGCGGCGAUAACACCCGAAACCACCACCUACCAGCUGAGCGACCACACGAACUUCAAACCUAGCUCUUCUUACGUCCCUAAUUCUCCCCCACCCUCGUCAUGUCUCUGACAAUCCAUAUUGCAGUUGAGGACCUACCAGAACUCCUCAGGGAUGAUACCAAGGUGAAGCUAGCGGGAGUGGAUGUCGACGGCAUGCUACGAGGGAAGAUCGUGUCCAAGAACAAGUUCCUAUCCAUAGCCAAGGAAGGUUUCGGCUUUUGCAGCGUCAUCUUCGGCUGGGAUAUGCACGACAGGACCUACGACAAAGAGCUCAAGAUUAGCAACAAGCAAAACGGCUAUCGCGACUUGAUCGCCGUGCCUGACCUGAAUAGCUUCCGCCGAAUCCCCUGGGAAGAUAAUGUUCCUUUCUUCUUGGUUAGCUUCUUCGACGACCAUGCGAGCCCGGUAUGCGCCGAUCCGCGAGGACUGCUUAGAACCACCGUAGAGAAGCUGAAAAAGAAGGGCUGCAAUGCUAUGGCCGGAGCCGAGAUCGAGUUUUUCCAAUUCAAAGUGCCUCCUUCGCCCUCUUCAACCACUGACUCACCUUCUCCGUCCGUUGCUUCAUACCUAAACAGCAACCCGCCGCAAGCGCUUCCGCCCCUAACCGAGGGCAUGUUUGGAUAUAGCAUCACGCGACCGACUCUCAAUAAGUCUUAUUACCACGAGGUCUACGACUCGUGUGCCAAAUUCCGGUGCGAUCUGGAGGGAUGGCAUACCGAGAGCGGGCCCGGAGUGUACGAGGCGGCAUUGGAAUUCGGUCAAAUAUCCGAGACGGCCGACCGAGCGUCUCUCUUCAAAUACGUCGUCCGAUCGGUCGCGAGCUCAUACGGAAUCACGCCCUGCUUCAUGGCAAAACCUCAACACGGGCUACCAGGAAACAGCGGGCAUACUCACGUCUCCGUCGUAGAUAAGGACGGAAAGAACCUGUUCUUCCGCGAGGAAAAAGACGAGAACGCGAAGUAUCCGGACAUCGCCCACCUUAGCGAUCUCGGAAGGCAUUUUUUGGCGGGCAUCCUAGAAGGUUUACCUGAUGUAAUGCCGAUGCUCGCGCCUACCGUAAACAGCUAUAAGCGGUUGGUAGAGAACUUCUGGGCCCCGGUGACGGUCUCGUGGGGCUUAGAACACCGCGCCGCAUCCGUCCGGCUCAUCGCACCCCCUACUUCCAAACCCGGGGCAACGCGGUUCGAGGUCCGUGUACCAGGCGCCGACGCCAACCCUUAUUUCGUCAUGUCGGCUAUCCUGGCUCUCGGCUGGCGCGGCGUGGAGAAGAAACUGGAGAUUCCUAUACCUCCGCUCGGUAAAGGCCAGGAUGUGGGGAGCGUAGCCGAUCAAGGUACUCGUCUCGCGAGGACCUUGAGGGAAGCCACCGAUAGAUUCAUGAGCAAAAACAGCAUCGCUCGCGAAGUUUUCGGCGACGACUUUGUAGAUCAUUUUGGCGGAACCAGGGAAAACGAGAUACGACUUUGGGACGAGGCCGUAACAGACUGGGAACUGAAAAGGUAUAUCGAGACGGUAUGAGGUGUGUAAGACCGGGGUUAGCUGAGAUCGGAUCCGUGAUAUCCUGUACAAUACCUACCGUACUAUACCUUACCUUACCUUAUCUUGGAUACCUACCUAAGGUACCUCUAUUUAUAAAUUAGCCUUGUAGCCUAGUGUGAUGUUCCAAGAUUAUUUCUUAAAUUCUUGAUAUUCUUCUGGUAUGCUAAUCUCGUCGAUGGACUGUUGUUGGCAAAGGUAAAGUGGUUGAAAAUUUUCAACUGCAAAGACCUAUGAGAGUGAGAUCCGUCCAAGUUGAGCGGGGGUGUAAAUCACAAAAAGAGAUAAAAAGAAAGAGAUAAUAUCCAAAAUCGUAUCACAAAGUAACCGUUCAAGAAAUUGGACUAUCUGACCUAUCGUUUCUAGACGAUAAGCGUCACAUCGUAACGAAAAGUCCCCCAAAUCCCGAAAGGACGGGUUGUUGGCUAAUGCAAG